AUGGCGGAGUAUGAUUUAACAACCAAAAUCGCGCAUUUUUUAGACCGGCAUCUUGUUUUUCCGUUAUUGGAAUUUCUGUCUGUUAAAGAGAUUUACAAUGAGAAAGAGCUCCUCCAAGGGAAGCUGGAUCUCCUCAGCGACACCAACAUGGUGGACUUCGCCAUGGAUGUGUAUAAAAAUCUUUAUGCAGACAGAGAGAUUCCACACGCAUUGAGAGAGAAGAGAGCUGCAGUUGUGGCCCAGCUGAAACAGCUACAGUCAGAAACUGAGCCCAUCGUCAAGAUGUUUGAAGAUCCAGAGACCACCAGGCAAAUGCAGUCUACCAGAGACGGGAGGAUGCUGUUUGAUUAUUUGGCUGAUAAACACAAUUUUCGUCAGGAGUACUUGGACACACUUUAUCGUUACGCUAAGUUCCAGUAUGAGUGCGGUAACUACUCUGGUGCUGCUGAAUAUCUCUACUUUUUCCGUGUGUUGGUUCCUUCCACAGACAGGAAUGCUCUGAGCUCUUUGUGGGGAAAACUAGCCUCAGAGAUCCUCAUGCAGAACUGGGAGGCAGCCAUGGAGGACCUGACCCGCCUCCGAGAGACCAUCGACAACAGCUCGGUCAGUUCUCCUCUCCAGUCCCUGCAACAGAGGACGUGGCUCAUUCACUGGUCUCUGUUUGUUUUCUUCAAUCACCCCAAAGGCCGGGACAACAUCAUCGAUCUGUUCCUGUACCAGCCUCAGUAUCUGAAUGCUAUACAGACCAUGUGCCCACACAUCUUGCGCUACCUAACCACAGCUGUCAUCACUAAUAAGGAUGUGAGGAAGCGCAGGCAAGUCCUCAAAGACCUGGUCAAAGUUAUUCAACAGGAGUCUUACACGUACAAGGAUCCCAUCACGGAGUUUGUGGAAUGCCUGUAUGUUAACUUUGACUUUGACAGUGCCCAGAAGAAACUCAGGGAGUGUGAGUCGGUACUAGUGAAUGACUUCUUCCUGGUUGCUUGCCUGGAGGAUUUUAUUGAGAACGCUCGCCUGUUCAUCUUUGAGACGUUUUGUCGGAUCCAUCAGUGCAUCAGCAUCAGCAUGUUGGCAGAUAAGCUGAACAUGACCCCUGAGGAGGCAGAGCGAUGGAUAGUAAACCUAAUUCGUAAUGCCAGGCUGGAUGCUAAAAUCGACUCCAAACUGGGUCAUGUGGUGAUGGGCAACAACGCCGUGUCCCCAUACCAGCAGGUCAUCGAGAAGACUAAGAGCCUCUCGUUCCGCAGCCAGAUGCUCACCAUGAACAUCGAGAAGAAGCUCAGCUACAGCAGCAGAAAUGAGACACCGAACUGGGCUACUCAGGACACCAACUUCUAUUAGACCAGUGGAACGUCCUCAUCCUCCUCACACUCAUCCCAGUGAUGCACCUAGUAUUUUACCUUUUUUUUUUAAAUUAAUAUCUGCCACUUGACUCCCAGUAAUGAAGCUCAGAUUUUUUUUAUACUUGUUUUUAAUCUAUUUUAACUGUUUUUACAGAAUUUCGUUUUGUAUUGUAAUAACUACAACACUAUUGCCUCAGUUCACUGCCAGUCAGUAUUGAUAGUGUGAAAUAAUAAACAAAU